CGCACCCAGCACAGACAGAAGACCCUCGCCGGACGCUCGCUCUCGCCGGGGACAACUCAAUCACGAGGCCAGGAUGGCCCGCUACGAUCGCGCGAUCACCGUGUUCUCACCCGACGGCCACCUCUUCCAGGUCGAGUACGCCCUCGAGGCCGUCCGCAAGGGCAACGCCGCUGUCGGCGUCCGCGGUGUCGACACCGUCGUCCUCGGCGUCGAGAAGAAGUCCACCCCCAAGCUCCAGGACUCCAGGUCCGUGCGCAAGAUCGCGAGCCUGGACACCCACAUCGCGCUGGCGUGCGCGGGGCUCAAGGCCGACGCGCGCGUGCUCAUCAACCGCGCUCGCGUGGAGUGCCAGAGCCACCGCCUCACAGUCGAGGACCCCGUCACCGUCGAGUACAUCACGCGCUACAUCGCCGGCCUGCAGCAGAAGUACACGCAGAGCGGAGGGGUGCGCCCCUUCGGCCUCUCCACGCUCAUCGUCGGCUUCGAUCCCUACACCCAGAAGCCCGCGCUGUACCAGACUGACCCCUCGGGGACCUUCUCCGCUUGGAAGGCCAACGCAACCGGCCGCAACUCCAACUCCAUGCGCGAGUUUCUCGAGAAGAAUUACAAGGAGACGUCCGGUAAGGAGACCAUCAAGCUCGCCAUCAGAGCACUCCUUGAGGUUGUUGAGAGUGGUGGCAAGAACAUAGAGAUUGCAGUGAUGACACACGAGGACGGCCUUCAUGAACUCGAAGAGGCUGAGAUUGAUGAGUAUGUUGCCGAAAUUGAAGCAGAGAAAGCCGCUGCCGAGGCUGCAAAGAAGGGUGCACCAAAGGGGAACUGAUUCCGCACAAGCUUAGAUUGCGCCUCUUGUUCCAGAGCAUGUCUUAUGAUUCACCUCUUAGAUGAUUGCCCGGAUGUUUGGAUACAGGAAUAUUUAUAAAAAAAAUUAAGAUGAAGCCGCUUGGAUGAAAACAUGCUAUGUGAUGCAUAGUAUUGCAAUACCAUGGUGGUUUGUUGUGUGACU